CCCUCAGGCUAAAAAAGGAAAAUCUAGUAAUCACUAAUUAUAGAAGUGAAAAACAAUCAACCAUUACAAUCAAAUCUACAGUUUACAACUAACCGAUUGGUAUUCUGAUUCCUUAUUCAUUUAAAUUUCACUCAUUUUCAUUAAUUUUAACUCAUCCAAUCAAACAAUUAACUUAAUUAACUUUAAGAAAAAUCUAAACAAAAAUACAACAAUUCAUUUGAUUCAAUUUGAUUAUUAUCACAGAACAACAGUAAUUUACAUCCCGCGUUCAAUUGAAUUGAACUUCUACUUUUAGUUUCUUUUAUAAACAAUUGAUUGUAGCAAUUUAAUCUUAAUUACAAUUUGGUGGUGAAGAAAAUUAAUUGUUGGAUAUUCUUUCAUUGUUACCCAAUAGAUGGCGCUGAUUUCGAAUUUUUCUGGACUCGUUUUGGUAAAAAGAUCCAAAUAUCUGAUCCGAAAUGUUUCAUUAACGUUUAUUUUUUGUUAACCUUUUGUUUGGUUUUUAUUAUGAUUACAAUUAAAAUAAAUUGUUAUGUUUUAAUUAAUUUGACUUGUGUGAUUUACCUUUGUUCACAACUACCUGUUUAACCCGUUAGUCUCUGUCCCAUCGUUAAAGGAUCAACAGCACCGCCUUCACCUGUUGCCUAUGUGGUUUCCUUUGGCUUCUAAUAAUUUUACAUAAUAGUUUUUGUUUUUUUUUCUUUCUCUCCUUUUUUUCUGUUUUUUUUUCUUCUUCUUUUUCUCUUUCACUUUUUACAAUCUUUUUUAUCUUGUCUAUAUUUAUAUAUAAAUAUUCGCAUAGUUCCAUUAGUUAUUCAUCUGAGGGAUAACCAAGCGAAAAUGGAAACAAGAAAUAUGAUCCAAGUUCAGAGACUCACCGAGUCAAUGUCAAAAGAAGAAAUUUCGUCUAAAUUUGAAGAAAUGUUGAAUGAGAUGAAUCUCACCGAAGAGAAAAAGAAGCCCAUACGAAUAAUGUCCCUGGAAAAUAAGAAGAAUAUGUUAGAAAAUUAUUGGAAAUCUCGUUCAGACCAGAUAAAUAAAGAUCGUUCAAAAUUUGUCCAGCCCUUGGAUUAUAUCAACUAUAUCAUCAAUUCAAAUGAUUUCUCCAAAUUGUGCCAUCGAAUGGAAUCAUUAAGAGUCGAAUUAACCAAUAAUCCUGUUUCAUGGGUCCAAGAUUUCGGUGAUAAUAAUGGUUUAAGUGUUAUUGUUAUGAUUUUAAACAAAUGUUAUUCAACCAACGACAGACUCCGUCAUAAACUUCAACACGAAUGUAUCAAAUGUCUCAAAGCCUUUAUGAACAACACCGCUGGCCUUAAGCAAGCUUUCAACGAUAAAGAUGCCUUUACCCUCUUAGCGAGAUCAAUUGAUCCUUCAUUACCCAAUAUAAUCAUGGACACCGUUAAAUUAUUAGCCGCUGUUUGCCUUAUCCCUCCCAUAGGUUGUGAAAAAGUUUUAGAAGCAAUUACUCGAGCUGCUGAAUUACAAUUUGGUGAUUCAGAAGGAAGAUUUAAACCAUUAAUUGAUGGUCUACGAAUAAGUACCAAUGAUCCACUUCGAGCUUCUUGUUUACAAUUAAUUAACGCCAUACUCAGUAAUAUAGAUGACACCGAUUUUAGAUUACAUUUGCGAAAUGAGAUGAUGAGAAGUGGCCUAUGUGAUUUAUUGGAAACCCUGACAACAUCAUCCGAUAGAUCACCACUUUCAUCUGAAUUAAAUAUACAAAUUAAGGUUUUCAAUGAACACAAGGAUGAAGAUUUUGACGAAUUAACCUCCCGUUUUGAAGCUAUACGUUUCGAUUUAGAAGAUAUUGGUGAAUGUUUCCAAUUAAUUCAUAAUUCGAUUAAGCAAACACCCUCGGAACCAUAUUUACUCUCAAUGUUACAACAUUUACUUCUUAUUCGUGAUGAUCCUUAUGCACGACCCGCUUAUUACCGUUUAAUUGAAGAAUGUGUCUCACAAAUUGUUUUACAUAAAAGUGGCUGUGAUCCGGAUUUUAGAUAUGGUAAAAAGAUUAACAUUGAUGUUGAUUACGUGAUUGAACAUAUUGUUGAAAGAUCAAGAGCCGAGGAGGAAAAAAAUAAUAAUGAGCUGUGCCAAAAGUUGGAAGAAUCGUUAACAGCUAAACAAGAAUCUGAAGCGAAAGUAUUACAAUUGGAGACCAAAGUACAAGAUUACGAACAUCAGAUCAAAGACUUUAAAGCUCGAAUUCAAAAUCAAGCGAAUAACAAUAAUAACCUGGUCAGUAACGGCGAUAGAACGGAUAACAUUCCAUAUAAUUCGGGUACUACGAAUGGACCACCGCCACCACCUCCUCCUCCGCCACCGCCACCAGGAUCAGGAAUCCCACCACCACCACCGCCUCCUCCACCUCCGCCAGGGGGUUUUAAAGGAGGUAUUCCUCCACCACCACCAAUGCCUGGCUCAGGUCCACCACCACCUCCACCUAUGCCAGGAUUUGGCGGAGGUCCACCUCCUCCCCCACCACCUCCUUUCGGUGCUUUCAGACCAACCGGUCCAGUAUUACCUGCAGGUUUAAAGCCCAAAAAAGUAUAUAAACACGAAGUUCCUAUUAAACGAGCUAACUGGAGGAAAAUAACCCCAACCAAGAUAUCAGAGAAAUCAUUCUGGGUGUCAGCUGAUGAAGAUUUACUUGCCUCUGAGGAUAUAUUUGACGGGUUAACUUCCAGAUUCUCGGCUAAUCCUACAGUUUACUCGAAGAAGAUAAAAAAUGAUGAGGCGAUUGAAAAAUAUGGUACAAUUCGUAAAACCAAAGAGCUGAAAGUUUUAGACUCAAAAGCAGCUCAAAAUUUGAUGAUUUUAUUUGGUUCUAUUAAGAUGACAGCCGAAGAGAUCACUGGUCACAUUUUAAACAUGAGAGAAGAAUAUUUAACCGAUGCCAUUAUUCAACAAUUAAUCAAAUACAUGCCCACACCACAACAAUUAACCCGACUAGAAGAAUUUAGAAAUGAUUAUAAUAAUCUUCACGAAGCUGAACAAUUUGCCUUAACACUUGGAUCAAUAAAGAGAUUGGAAGCUCGUCUAAAAUCAACCUGUUUUAAGAUUAAAUUUAACGAACUUGUUCAAGAUAUUAAGCCUGACAUUGUCGCCGCUACUGCUGCUUGUGAGGAAGUGAGAAAAUCAAAAAGAUUUGCCACCAUAUUGAAAUUAAUUCUUCUGGUGGGUAAUUACAUGAACUCGGGUUCCCGCAAUGGUGAAGCUUUCGGCUUUGAGAUUAGUUUCCUUCCCAAACUUUCAUCGACCAAAGCACUGGACAAUAAGACCACCUUAUUACAUUAUCUAGUUGAAAUUGUCGAGAAAAAACAUGCCGACUGUUUAUAUUUCUAUGAAGAUUUACACCAUGUUGACCGAGCGGCUCGAGUCUCUGCCGAUCAGAUACAAAAAAAUCUCAACUCUAUGAAGAAAAGUAUCCACGAUGUGGAAGUUGACCUAAGGACAUUUAAACCUCACAGCGAAGAGGAUAAAUUUGGCUCUAAGAUGACCGAUUUUGUAACAGACGCUAAAAAGGCCUUUGAACUGUUACAAUCAAUGUUCAAUAAAAUGGAUCGAUUGUAUACCGAUUUGGGACAAUUUUACACCUUCGAACCUAAAACAUACACUUUAGAUGAAUUUUUCGGCGAUUUAAAGACAUUUAAAGAUGAAUUUAUCGCCUGUUACAAGGAGAAUGUACGUUUAAGGGAAGAAGAGGAAAAGAAAAGGCGUGCCAAAGAAGCGAAAAGUCGUGCGGAGAAAGAAAAAGCCGAAAGAUUGGCCAAAAAGAAACCACUUGUUGAUAUCGACAAAGAUCAGGAAGGUUUCAUGGAUAGUCUGAUAAAAACGCUGGAAACUGGAUCUGCUUUUGCUCAAAAAACAAGAAGACGACAACAAAGACCUGGAACGAUAGCUGAUCGUCGUGCAUUGCUCAAUAGAACCCGUUCACGAGGCUCACUGGAAAACACUAACACAAUUAGAGGCUAUGAUUGAUUGUGAACCAAAAAAAAACAA